AUGCUCUCCUCCGCCGCUCCUCGUAUCUCAGUGGGGCCUCGGUGCACCAUCUGCGCCCAGCAAGUCCGUCACGCGACGCUCAUCCGCCGGCCAAAGCGACCAUACACCUUCACCCAACUCAUUACCCUUUCCGAUGGCAGUACCUUCCUACACCGCACCACAUCGCCGCAGCCGAUAUAUAAGACCACCAAGGACACAAAGAAUACCGCACUCUGGAACCCUAGCAGUCAAAAGCUGCUGAACGUCGAAGAAGAUGAGGCGGGAAAGCUGAGGAGAUUUCGACAGCGAUUCGGCCGUGGCUUUGAUGUGGAUGCUGCUGAUGCUGAGGGUGCUGAUGAGGCCGGAGAAUACGAAGACGACGGCGAUCAAAGUAUGCUGGAUCUGAUUGCUGGCACUGGAAGGCAGAAAGAGGCCACGGCCAAGGAUGAAGCACCCGGUGGUGGGAAGAGGGAAGACAAGAAGCGGAGUGGAAAGGGCAAGGGAGGGGAAAAAUGA